UACAAAAAAACGUCCUGGGGAUGUUCCCUUGCGACGUCCUGAUAACAUUCGGGGACGUCCUGGGGACGUCAUUUUUUUAGCUGGGCUAAAAGGGCAUGAUACCGUUUUGCUUGAAUCCUGAUAUAUGUAUCAUGUCCUUUAUCCAUAACCACAAAGCUCCAACAUCGAAACCCACACCGUUUGCCAAUCACAAAAACGAAAGUAUUGAAUUCCAAUGGACUAUGCACACGUAUUCUAUGUAGGACCAAUAUAAGAAAUAAUAAUGAUAUUAAUGAACAUUAAAAAAUCUAGUUCAGAAUCCAAAAUAUCCUAUUUUUGUGAAAUGACAUUUUUCUCUGCCACUGUAAUGGUGGACCAAUAGACAAUUUUUUUUAGAAAUAAGAUAAGGAUACGACGAGCAGUCAUAUUGGCAUUGUAUACUGUAUCCGGACAGUUUUAAAUGCCUGUGUUUCACUAGGGGGAUGUUUUAAAAGUAACACUUAAACAACCAAGCGUGGGAAACGCAUCCGUGAAACCUGCUGGUAGUGUGAUCAACUUCAAUCAGAACGUACUAUUGCUAAAUAACGAUUCAAAGCUACAGUAUGGAACUCAUAUGGGAGGACAGCCCACCCAGUGACGGGCCAUUCUUCACCAAAGAUCUCUGUGAUAAGUAUUCUCUUGCCCCUAGUAUCAAGGAACUCUGGGUUCUUAGUCAAAGUCCCACAGUGAACACUGAAGUGAAGAGAGUGACCAAGAACAUUACAAGAAAACCUGACAUCCCUCCCCCCAAAGAGAGAGAGAAGUCCAACAAGAGCAUUGAUGGUAGUGCCUGUUGGGAAAGCCAGGACUCUGAGGAUGACCACAAGGACAUUAAGAUGACUAUGAACAAGAAGAGCCAACGCCAGGCAACUAGUGCUUAUCCAGAGCCAAGGUUACCUUUCCCCUGUGUAUCCAGUCUUACCUGCAAAGAACAGAUGCUGUAUAUGCAAGCAUUGACCAGCAAAUCUUGCAGAGAACCUCCUCGGAAUUUGGGUCGUGUGAAUAUUGAGGUGUCCCAGUUCAUGAACUAUCUGCAAGAUGUGGCCCAAAAGUGUGCAGAAGAUUACAACUACAUAUCCCAGGGAGCAGGGUUGUAUACAGAGGAGUACUUUAGAGCCUGCUUGGAACGCAUUCAAACCUAUCCACAGCUGUACCUCAUCCAUGAGAUGACCAGUUUGACAGGAGGGACUUUCAGCCCUGACCUCUGUUUGACAUUUGAAAAACUGCUUGUGACCAUGGGCAACGUGGUUAUUGCAGACCGUAAUUUUCUGCCUGAUGAACCACAACUUGCUACGGAUUAUGAGAGUGUUUCAUCAGAGAAAAGUCCUGUAAAAAAAGCCAGUGUUUCACUUGCAGCCGUCAGCAGUGACAGUAAUGCUGAUAAACUGUGUGCCCGGUAUGAACCCCACGUGUGUCUGACCAGAGACGCCCUGGUCAAGCUGCUCAACAACCACGGCCCCGACUUCAGUGAACCCUGGGAGCUACCUCUGUGGGUGAAGACCAAGCCAGGGAAAGGCAGUAGUCAAAGAAAGACUGCUUAUAUUGACUCCCCCCUACUGAAGACAGAAGUGACCGUUAGAGAGAGGAGUCAUAUCUACCAUGAGGAGAGUCUGAUGCUUUCUGUCAGGAAAGAUGGUAAUAAAAAUGUGUCCGACAUAAAGACAGAGAUCCCGCCUUCCAAAAAACUAACCCCUGUGAAGGAGAGUUCGCAAAGAAGUCUGGUGUCAUUUGAGAGCUCCUGCAUGGACUUCGACGUGGAUCUCACUGAUCUGGAGACCUUUGGAGAGUCCUCCAAGUCUUCCGAGAAGCUCACAAGCUUGAACGAACAAAGCCCCGCUGUCAAAUUUGAAGGCUCCAUACUCCCCCAGUCUAAAGUGAAGUCUCCAGAGUCUUGCAUCCUAGCUGAGAAGGGCAGUAGUGUUCUGAGAGAAGAAGGGAACUCCUGGUCUGACACAGAGUCGUCGUCUAAGGAAGAGCCAGCAGAGAAAGAGGACAGCGAUCGUGGCCCUGCCCCCCGCUCUGUCGUACGCCAGGCCAAAAAACUGAGGAUAGACUCAGACGAGUCGGAGGAGGAUGCCCUUUUUGAUAGAGACUCAGAGGACGAGCGGCUUGUCAUCGUUGAUCUUACAUCCUCAGACACCUCAGCUAGCAAACAGACAAAGAGACUAGCCAAGACUGCAUCAAAGUUCUUUCCCCGCCACGCAGAUACAUCCAUGAGCUCCUUGGCAGAGUCCAUCCAGGAGUCCCCACAGAGCCAUAGACCCAGCCCUGCCUUACCCCCUGCUGAGGGACCAAAGAGAGACCGCAGGAGGGCCAAGGCACCCCAGGACCAGCUGGGCCAGAUCCUGCGCAUGCAGAAAGCCAUGCUCAAGCCUUCGCAGAGCCAGGCCCAGGAACCAGCCAAAGCCUCCGCUCAGCCCCCAGAAGCCCUCUCUCCGCACCGAGCAGUGGGGCUCUCAGUGCAUGGCCACCCACAGUCUCUGGUCAAACCCUGUGUGUUCUCCUACCUGCAGAGUGAGGAUACUUUGGACAGGGAGUCUUCCGUUGCUGCCUCCACUGGACCUGUCGCAGCUGGCACCCUGCAUGGAGCACAACAGAAAAAGCUGCUGUCGCAGGAUCUGCUGGUGAGUGCGGAGGAUGAGCAGGACUAUGAGGCUCCGGAGGAGGGGAACCUGCUCUACAAGCUCUACAGCCUCCAGGACCUGCUGGUCAUGGUGCGCAGCUCUGUGGCCCUAGCUCAAAUCAAGACCAUGGGUGUCUAUGGACCCAAGAAGUUUGUGCCAGUGCAUGUUCUGCCCAAGCUGGAGUACCAGCUAUGCUACGGAAUGGAGUGUCUGACCAAGAGUGAGAUCUGCCAGCUGUGGGCUGAAACUCUGCUCCACUCCAGUAAUGUCUCUUAUAUAGCUCACAUUGACGCGCUCACAUCAAAGGUAGCACAGCUAAAAAAGCUUCCAGUAGACUGGACGCAGAAAGCUUCGAUGGACUUCAAGCCAUCCAAGUCACUGAACAUAUUGCAUCAUUUACUGAAGAAGAUCACUGUGUUAGAGGAGGGGCGGUAUAUUAUCGGCCAUAAGGCUGGGGAGCCAUUUGUCACCAUCUACAAAGCGGCGGAGGGGAGGAAGGUCAACCGGGGGGUGUACGACCUGCAGCAAGCCCACAGCAGGCUGCCCCAGCCCCCCACCCAGGGACGUGUGCCCUGGGUGCCUGUCGACCCAGCCAAUGUGCAGCCCUUCCACAAGAAACACGGCAGAGUGCCAUGCACCUUCCCCCCUCGGGAUUUCCAGAAGCAGGCUGUACCCAACCCCAACCAGGGAGUCAAGAAGAAGAAGAACAACAACAAAGGGGCACGGGCUAAAAGACGCGAUGUGUGGUUACAAAAGAAGAAUCAGAGGGACAAUAACAGGGACAAGUAACCAGACAGACGUCCAUCUGGUCCAGUGACCGGGUGGUCGCUAUCCCCUUCUGCCGUUCUAGGUCACAAGAUUACUUGGACAUAAAAAUGUUAAAGCACUUUAUGAGCUUACAGUUGUUUGUUUUUUGACGCUUUGUAUGUUUGAAUUAUGUGUAGUUGUUUGAAUUAUGUGUAGUUUGUAACGUAAAUAAAGUAGGACAACAGCAAAAAAAAAUAUAUAUAUAUUUAUUGUGUAUUUAGUAUUCUGUAGACAAGUGUCCAUGUAGAAAUUUGGACUUGAAGGCACAUAGCUCUCAAGACACUGAUGUUGCAUCGUGGGACAACAGAGUAUAUAUUGUGCUUCUCCCUCCCUCUGAAAAACACGCCACUGGCUAAAACUGACCUUUUUAUGCCCAUAAUAUGCAUCUUAUCUUCCAGUCAGAUCAUGUUGCUUUGUUUGUGUUAAAGGCAUUUUUGUGCUUUAUUGGAUAGUACAGUUCAAGGUAGAUGGGAAAAGUAGGGGAGAGAGAGAGGGGAAUACAUGCAGUUUAAACUGCUGCGGUAAAGGCCUCAGCCCAUGUGGUACACACUUUACCCUGUGAGCCACCGGGGUGGCACCAGUUGCACUGUUUUGUCAUGAGCAAUCUGACACGUAAAUGUUCUGGUGUUGUACUUUUCCAGGCAGUGGAAUACCAGAGCCACAAAACCCAACAAUGUCAGAGCUCAGCAAUGGCACUAGCUCAAGGUAAGGCACAGCGCCAGAGGAGCCCAGAGCCAGGUCUG